GGGGGGGGGGGGGGGGGCGACACUAUAAUCCGUCUAACUCUGAGCAAACAGUGCAGCCGUUACCUUGGUAACAUCAUUUACCCUGUGAGUGUAAUCCCAGAAUUAUAGUCAGGUAUUUUUUUUCCUCCAGGAUAAUGUGUGGAUAAUGAGGUUGGGCUCCUGCAGUAAGAGUCAGCCUUUUCCACACCAUUCCUGCCUUACUCCCUUACUUUUUCUGGACUUUUUUUGUAGAUUUUAUUGGCUGAAGUUUGUCUGCUCCCUCCCCCUCAAUCCAUUCUUCCACAUUUUCAUCCAGGGUCCUGCACCUUUUUUUUUUUAGCCAUCAGGUUGUUGGCUGCCAGGGGCCUGGGUAUCUGGACUGCUACUGCCUGUGUAGCUUCAUGUUCGCUCAGCAUGUCAGGGGCAAAGGUGACCCUGUGGCCUUAGGGAGCAGUGCAGCUUCAUGUUUGCUUAGCACAGCAGUGCUGAAGGUGACCCUGUGGCUUUAGGGAGCAGUGCAGCUUCAUGUUUGCUCAGCACAGCAGUGCUGAAGGUGCCCUGUGGCCUUAGGGAGCAGUGCAGCUUCAUGUUCACUCAGCACAGCAGUGCUGAAGGUGACCCUGUGGCCUUAGGGAGCAGUGCAGCUUCAUGUUCGCUCAGCACAGCAGUGCUGAAGGUGCCCUGUGGCCUUAGGGAGCAGUGCAUCUUCAUGUUCGCUCAGCACAGCAGUGCUGAAGGUGCCCUGUGGCCUUAGGGAGCAGUGCAGCUUCAUGUUCGCUCAGCACAGCAGUGCUGAAGGUGCCCUGUGGCCUUAGGGAGCAGUGCAGCUUCAUGUUCGCUCAGCACAGCAGUGCUGAAGGUGCCCUGUGGCCUUAGGGAGCAGUGCAUCUUCAUGUUCGCUCAGCACAGCAGUGCUGAAGGUGCCCUGUGGACUUAGGGAGCAGUGCAGCUUCAUGUUCGCUCAGCACAGCAGUGCUGAAAGUCCCUGUGGGCUUAGGGAGCAGUGCAGCUUCAUGUUCGCUCAGCACAGCAGUGCUGAAGGUGCCCUGUGGCCUUAGGGAGCAGUGCAGCUUCAUGUUCGCUCAGCACAGCAGUGCUGAAAGUCCCUGUGGGCUUAGGGAGCAGUGCAGCUUCAUGUUCGCUCAGCACAGCAGUGCUGAAGGUGCCCUGUGGCCUUAGGGAGCAGUGCAGCUUCAUGUUCGCUCAGCACAGCAGUACUGAAAGUCCCUGUGGGCUUAGGGAGCAGUGCAGCUUCAUGUUCGCUCAGCACAGCAGUACUGAAAGUCCCUGUGGGCUUAGGGAGCAGUGCAGCUUCAUGUUCGCUCAGCACAGCAGUGCUGAAGGUGCCCUGUGGCCUUAGGGAGCAGUGCAGCUUCAUGUUCGCUCAGCACAGCAGAUGUGCCUGAGUCUGCUAUUUGGUCUUUGUAUCUGUGUGUGUUUCUGUUCUUGCAUGAGCAUGCAUGCACAAACAGACAUCCACGGGGGGGGGGGGGGAGCUGAUAUGAAACCUGUGUGAUCAGGACUGUCAGCUGGUCUGCUGCGGGCCCCUUAGCAGCAGCACAGGCUAGAUUUGAACCUGCGUGUCACAGGGAGGCCUGGCUGCCUUCAGUGAGCUCAGCAUCCGGGACUCUCUGCCGCUGCGUUUUUUUUCCUAGCUGGAUCUCUGCCUGUCUCUGUUCUGUCUGUUCAUGCUUCAUGAGGGAGGCUGACUGUAUUCUCUGUAUCCAGCAGACAUUCUCAGGUUACACCCUGUUUCUUGCUCAGGCUGUGUCUGGGGUCCUUGGAGGGCGGCUGACGUCGAGUCCUGCCUCUAAUGCCUUUCUGAUGGUUUCUGCUCUCUCUUCAACAUACCACUAGCUUUUUAAAAAUGGAUUUCUGGAGAUUUCCUUUUUUUUUAGGUUGUCCCACUGCUAAAGGGCUCUGCUGCCUGAAGGUGCCUCUGAAGGCAAAGGUGCUCUGUACACAUUAGUUUGCCUUUGGCCAGGCAGAGCUUCUUGCCUCCCCCUUUCUCUUCUAUCGUGUCAUCUUGGUCUUUCUGCCCCAAGGGGGGGGGGGGGACAUCGGUGCUGGCUGUGACAUACACUGUCUACUGUAGCUGAAUCACUCACAUAAGCAGGCUGUUUGCUUGAAGAAAAUGUAGCGGAAAAAGUUAAAAACUCAAACAUUUGUUUUUGGUUUCUGAGCAGGUGAAAGUAAAUUUAUUAACAUGAGUAUUCUUUGCCCCCACCCAGGUCAGACAUGAUGCCCGGACAGAUCCCUGACCCCUCCUUGGCCCCUGGUGCCAUCCCCAGCCUGGGGCCGCUGGCCGGGGUGCCUGGGGCCACACUAACAGAGCAGCUGCGGCUGGCUGACCUGCACACCCUAGGGGCCAUGAUCUCUCCCCUACACUUCCUGAGCAGGCUGGGGAAGAGGUCUUCCCCCCUGAAAGAGGAGAUGAAUGAGGAUGAGGAGAGGAGGAAGCGGCGGAGAGAGAAGAACAAGGUGGCAGCAGCACGAUGCCGUAAUAAGAAAAAAGAGCGGACAGACUUCCUGCAGAAGGAGUCAGAGCGCCUGGAGCUGGUGAACUCGGAGCUGAAGGCCCAGAUUGAGGAACUAAAGCAGGAGCGGCAGCAGCUCAUCGUCAUGCUAAACCGGCACCGGCCAACCUGCAUCGUGCGGACCGACAGCAUCAAGACCCCUGAGACUGAGGCCAACCCCCUGCUUGAUCAUCUGGGGGCCAAAUAAGCAGCGACUGCUAUUACGUGACCAUUUACAGCCAGAGCGAGCGGCACCGUUAGUCUGGGCUCUGUCGGCAGGGACAGACCUGGGGAGUGGCUGCCUUUGCCGAGGUUUCUCUGUCCCGUUUAUAGCGGGACUGGUUCCUGGCAUUGUUGACGUGUAGCAUCCUGAGAUUAGCACCGCCGUCGUCGUUACCAAGGAAAUGCAGCAGAAACGGACCAUGGCAAACUGUUGAAUGACACUAAAGUCAAAUUGUCUGGUUUGCCACAGGUAUCCAAGAAAAGGCACAUCAUCCUUUUGUUGUGCUUCUGUAUAUCCUGGCUGGAUUUUAAUAUAACAGUAUUUGAAAAAUGCUGAUUUUAGAUUUUAUGUCCUGCCCUAGAGGGUAGGAGCGAUCGGUUGAUCCGAAUCCUUUGUUUGUUUUUUUUGUGGUGAUGCAGGCGUCACAAGAGCACAUCUCUAUGUUUACAGUCAUAUGGUUUUUGUUACUAUAUUUGUUACGUGUUAAUUUGCUUUGUAUUUUUUAUAUACUGCUAUAUUCAUGAAAUAUGAAAUCACUUGAUGUGAUACCUUGUACAUAAGCUUUUGUAUUCCGUAUGUGUUGCUUCUUCUCCUGAUUAGUAUUGUGUUUCCAUUCCUGGCAGAGUGGUUUUUCCUAAGUUUUGUACCAGUAAUAUGUAUGUCUUCAUACCAAUACAACCUAUUGUGAAAUACUAAA